AUGUCAAAACUACCAUCUACCACUCGAACUCUUGUUGCACCAAAGAAGUGUCUCCCAGCAGAGUACACGGUCAUAGAGCAGCCUAUACCCAAAAUCACCAAGCCAAAUCAGCUUCUUCUGCGUAUGAAAGCCGUUGCCAUCAAUACUGGCGAAACAGGGUUUGCAGCUGGGCAGUUUGACUUGCUCUACAAGGCCUCCUUUCCGAUCCUUUUUGGAAUCGAAGGGUCCGGCGUAGUUGUAGAGAUUGGUUCUGAGAUCACAGAGUUCAAGGUCGGAGAUGCAGUCUACGGCAUGGAGUUUGAGAAACCUCAUCUCUCUAGACCCCCUGCAGCCUGGGCCUCGACAUAUGCCCUGACAGAGCCACAGUUCCUCCACAAGAAACCGGAUCAUGUUUCUUUUGAAGAAGCAGCUGCUGUCCCAGCUCUCGCAGUAACUGCGUAUCAGGGUAUCAAGCGAGGACUGCAGCUUCAAGGGAGGGAUAGUCUCGCAGGACAGACUGUUUACAUACCCGCUGCUCUCAGUGCAUCUGGCAACACGGCCAUCCAGAUCGCGAGGAACUAUUUCGGUGCUGAGAAGAUCAUUUCAACAGUCUCGACGCCAAAGAUGGGCUUGGUCGAAGAAUAUCUCCCCGGAAUGGUCACUCAGCUGUACGACUACAAGACCCAAGACAUCGUACAGCUCAUCGGCCGUGGCACCGUCGACUUUGCGAUAAGCACCCAAUUCUCCACCCUCAACGAAAGCAUCUCCGUGCUCAAAACCGACGGCAUCCUCAUGAGCAUCGCCAGCAUCCCCAAAAGUGAAGUCAUGGCAGAAAUGCUCGGUCCCAAGUUCCCCACAUGGCUUGGCUGGGUCCUUGAUUUCUUGCAGAUCUGGUACACGUGGAAGCUGCGCGGUACAAGGAUUCAGUAUGAGUUCAUAUCGGGACAUCCAGGGCUUCGAGGGGACAUGGAGGUUGUGGCGGAUAUGGUGGCUAAGGGGAUGGUCAAGGCUGUUCACACAGCGGUGGACAUGGAUGAUUUGGAGGAGGUGAGGAAGGGCUGUGAGAAGACUUUGAAGAGUAAGGGGGGUAUUGGAAAGUUUGUGGUUCGUCCUUAG